AUGGAGGCCGGCGUCAGCAGCGGAGACCCGCUCCCGAGGCUCAGGCGGCCUUUGCGGCGAGGGGCAGAGCCCCGCGACCCGCUGCUGCCGCAGCCGCCUUUCGGGGGCGGCGGGACGGCCGAAGACUCUACAGCUGUAGAGAAGAAGAGGAAGCCUCUUACCAGGCUGAAUAUUCAUUCUGCAUUCUGGAUUUUGGCAUCGAUUGCUGUGACAUACUACUUUGAUUUUUUUAAAACUGUUAAAGAAACUAUUCAAGCAGAUAGUUGGUGGUUUGCCUCUGGCAGUUGUUUAUUGGCUGCAUGUUUAUCUGUUGCCUUUUACUGCAUACUAUAUCUUGAGUGGUAUUGUGGAAUUGAGGACUACGAUGCACAGUAUCCAGCACUGAUACCUAUCACAACAGCUACCUUUAUUGCAGCAGCAAUUUGUUUCAACGUUGCCUUGUGGCCUGUCUGGUCGUUUAUGACGCCUUUGUUGCUCUUCAUUCAGUUUAUGGGUGUUGUGAUGCUUGUGUCACUCCUGGGAUAAGUCCUUCAGCUUCAUGUGAAGGACUCAAGUAACUGUUGUCCUGCAAAGUGGAUAUCACUUUUGUUAACAUUCCAGUACUUUUAUUGUUUCUAAUACUGCUUGUUUGCUCUAACUGAUACUGUAAUUCUUAGACUACCUGAUUUAUAAAUCAAAUGGCCAUAACCAUAGGUCAGCCAGUGGCUGGGAAAAAGCAACUGAUUAGUGAAUAAUUGAAAGAUAGAUAGGUUUUACCUCUCUUAGUAACAAAAGCAUUUCAUCACUGCUUUGUAAAGCUUUUAUUCAUAUUUCAAUAUUAAGCAGAUGGGUAAUAAGCCAGUUAUAUAGUCCUAAAUCCUAUUUGGGGACUCCAGAGGUCACUUGGUCCAACUUCCUGCUCAAAGCAGGUUGUUUGGUUUGAAAGUAAUUGAUAUUUAAUUCAAGUGGUGUGGGUUUUUAAUACUAUAUUCUUUCCAUUUGAAUUGACAACUAAAAUAUUGUUAUCUGGAGUCUGUGUGUGUGCUUGAAAACAUACUCAUAGAUGACACAGGAGAGAUUUCUUGAUCUAUUAAAUUUCCAAUGUUAUGUGUGUUAUCAUGUAGGAAAUAUUUUAUUACCUAAUCUCUUGACUUCAGAUCUGCUAGUGUUUGAAAAAAGAUACGGAUUGGGGUAAGGGCCUAGAAAGCUGGUUGAUGUUUACGUCAUUGUUAAUUUGGCAGUGCCAUCAGUGAAAUAAAUAGAUUCUACUUGUGCUGAUACAGUUUGUCCACAGCCAGAGAUGGAUGAUCAAGCUGUCAACAACGAGCAAUAUAAUGAACAAUAUUAACACUACACAAGAAAUUAAGAGCACAAAGUAAAUUCUUUUGAUGUAUGCACUAUUUUUCAGUAUUCAGGAUGUUUUUCUUCUGUAAAUUAACUUCAUUCUUAGCAGUGCCUGUUAAUGAAGUUGCCAUUUUUCUUCCUCAGCAAUAAAGAGGCUGGUAUUAACUUAAAUGGUAUUAGUCAUAUGCAGUUGGGAAAAUAAAAUAACAUUGUCUGUCUGUUCACCUUGGCUAAGCUACUGAAGUAUCUGGAAACCUGGACACCAUCUAGUUGCUACACCAUUUUAUAUAGAUCUUUGUGUCAAAUACUUUCACAUCCGCACCUUUUGGAAGAUAGGAGAAUGUAGAAGCUGGGUAUCAAAACUUGUUAAAAUUUACUCCUUGUGACCGUUGCUUGAAGUCUGGACUGUUAGAGGAGACUGUGUUCUUCAUUCUGACUUUCAAAUUCACAUCAUUGCUGAAUACACAAGACAUGAAAUGUUUAGUAAUAAAAAAGAUAGGCAUUGUCUUAAGCUGCUACUGUUUCAUUGAGGAAAAAAGUUGCCAUGGCUACGCAAUACAAAGGAUCAGUCAAACCAAAAUAAAAUACAUUUAGCACUACUGUUAAGUAGCUUGUAGAGUAAGUUAACAGCUUGAUUUGUUGAAAUGUAAUACUUAAGUUUUCCAAAACCAGUUGUACUUCACAUCUUUAAAGGGCAAGUUGCUUAUCUUUAGGUCUUCAUCUUUUAACAAAUUUUAACAAUUUUACUUCUGCAUACACAGGUACAUUUAGGUAACUUUGUUUAUUAUGGUAUUUAAAAUGCAGUGUUGCUCAGGGAUGGUAAUUAUAACUGUAUUUUAUUUGUCAGCUAUAUAAAUGCUCUAGGUGUUUUAAGUUGCCUUGUACUCUUGAAUUAAAAUUACUAUUUGCUACAUGGUUUUUCAGAUUUAUUCUUCUGGACAUCUUAAUAAACUUUGUAUAAAAGUGAUCAAUUAUUGUUCAGUACUUAAUUGUUUAACUGUCUAAUUCCACUGUUCUUGUGGACUGCCUA